AUGGUAACCAUGGUCACAAACUCAGACUUCUAUCAUUUCGCUGAAUAUGUCUGCAGUCACAACGCUCGUCAAGUAACGGAAGUACGUCAUAGGUCGGUCGGGUGCAUUGACAAGAAUAUAUUUCGCUCAUCUUGCCUGUUGAGGACAAAACAAAGACCAGGCUGCAGAGUUGUUACCUGUGUUGUCGUUCAGCGUUUCAUAGCUGUCAAAGACACCUGUCCUGAGAACCAGAUUGUGACAUCGCUCAGAAAUGUCAGAUGCGAAGAGUUUGGGUAUCAGAUUUAUUACGGAUGCCCGGAAAACUGCAAAAAGCUCACAGAUUUCCAGCAGUUCUUGAAAAUAGUAAAGUUUGUGGGAAGUUUUAAUGCUCUUUAUUGGUCAGAGUGUGCUACCGCCUUUGCAGUUUUAUCUGGUGGACUGGCUGCACCCCUGGUAGCCCCCGCCAUGAUAAUCGCUGGGAUUGGUGGAGUUGUUCAUGUUGGGGCGUCUUUCGCUGACAUGAUUGUCGAAAAGUUCAAUUUAGCAGUUUUGGAGGAUGAUUGGAAAAAAUUCGUUAAAGUCUUACUCAAGGAAUGCAAAGACUUAAACGGUCAGUCAGAAAAAACUUCUUGAACAAUUUAGCAGACAUACAGCUAUGGUUGCUAACGGAAUACGCAUCGGAGAAAACAUGAAAUUGGGAGCUAAAAUAGCAAAAAAAGUUAUGGUUCUUAAUGCUAUCGCGAUACCUCUUAAUUUAAUUGAUUUUGUAAGAUCUCUUGAAGAUCUCAGAGAAAAUGGACUGUCAGAAGUCUGCAAGCUCAUUCUAAAAUAUGCUGACAAAGCUGAGGAACUUAUUAAAAAACUCGAUACCAUUGCUUUUCUAUGUAAUAGUAAAUAAAACGGUUCGGGGAAUAAAGAUAGAAACGGCUCGGGAAAUACGAAUGGAAAGUGUUCUUGUGAUGAUACGAAAACCUCAAGGAGCUCAGAGUCCAUUACCCCUGCAUUGUCCAUUAAACAAAACUGCAAGACCAUCCACUUAGAUAAAGGGGGAUAUUUUUUUUUAUCGAAAAUAAAGCGAAAUUAAGAGGAAGACAAAUUAGCUAAGCUAGCAGCUAAAUACAAAUUACAGUCUUGCUGGAGUAGCCAUCAGACCAGCAAACACGAAGCUGUAUGUCGCAAAACAUCCAUAUGAUCAAGUCAAUACCUUUCUAAUAACCAGCAUGUACAACCAGUGAUUGAAGGGGUUGGGGGAAUAACAUGAGAUUUCUCCUAACGAAUGGAUGACGGACUUGCUGAACUGCUCAUGAGGUUUUACGACAUAAUGUUUCCAAUAGAACUUGGGCUUUGAGCCAUGUGCUUUGAUUUCCAUUUUUAUAUUAUCAAUGUUCUGUUUAAUUUGAUGUACAAUUUUUUUAUGUUACAUCUGCAAUAGCAUAUUAUAUUGCUUAAAAUAAUACUCCAUGUACAUCACUGGCGCAAGUAGCUUUUCACACUUUG